GGACACCCUCCCCUAUAGUUUACCGGAUCGUCCCAUGUAUGUCACAUGAACCAAGAUGGCGGCUUCCCAUCUGAGUGGAGGCCGAGUGAACCUCGCGAUUCUGAGAGAAGCAGCACGAAAAGAACUGCUUGAAUGUCUGGACAAAUGUGACGGAACAAAGGCCGUGGUGUGGGAUGAACAACUAACUGGACCAUUUGGGCUGAUUGCUGAAUAUUCACUGCUGAAGGAACAUGAAGUUGACAAGAUGUUCCAGCUGCGUCCUGGCCGCAUGCCUGCAGCAAACGUCAACAACAUCAUCUUCCUGUGUCGGCCCAAACUGGCACUCAUGGAGAUCGUGGCACAGAACAUACUCAAAGAGGAGGAGACUGGGGGAUCUCGUAAGGAGUUCCACAUCUUCUUUGUUCCAAGGAAGAGCCUGCUUUGUGAGCAGAAACUCAAGGAGCUGGGUGUGUAUGGAACCUUCAGUAAUGUGGAUGAGUACACUCUGGAUCUCAUCCCGUUUGACAGUGACUUACUCUCCAUGGAGAUAGAUUCUACCUUCAGAGAUUGUUACCUGGAGGAUGACAUGACAUCCAUGUACUAUGCUGCCAAGUCCCUGAUGUCAGUCCAGGCUCUGUAUGGCAUCAUCCCUACUGUCUGUGGGAAAGGGGACUGUGCUCGGCAUGUAGCAGACAUGAUGUUGCGGAUGCGGCGUGAGCUGGCAGGAACCGAACCCCAGAUCACCCCGCAGAUCGACUGUCUCCUGCUACUGGACAGGACUGUGGACCUCAUGACCCCCCUCCCCACACAGCUCACGUACGAGGGGCUCAUCGAUGAGAUCUUUGGCAUCAACAACACUUCAGUAAAACUUCCUCCAGAGAAGUUUGCGUCCUCGAAGCAGCAGACAGGAGGGCCCCAGGAGAUGCCCACAGAACCCAAGAAGCUGGUGCUGAACUCAGCGGAAGAGCUGUACGCUGAGGCACGAGACAGAAACUUCCACGCCAUCGGUCCCUUACUCAGCAGGAAGGCCAAGCUCAUAUCUGCUCAGUUUGAGGAGAGACAUGGUGCUAAGACAGUUGGUGAAAUCAAGCAGUUUGUGUCCAGACUUCCCCACAUGCAGGCAGCAAAAAUAUCUCUCGCCAAUCACACAACAAUAGCAGAAAUGAUCAAGGAAGUCACCGAUUCAGACCAUUUCAUGGAAUCUCUCACAGUGCAACAAGAGUUUUUGAAUGGCAUUGACACGGACAAGGUGAACCCCUAUAUUGAAGACUGCAUAGCAAGAAAGGAACCAAUCAUCAAGAUUCUGCGGUUGGUGUGUAUCCAGUCCGUAGCUAACAAUGGUAUGAAACAGAAGACUCUGGACUAUUACAAGAGGGAGAUCCUACAGACUUACGGCUAUGAGCACCUUAUCACCCUGAAUAACCUGGACAGAGCGGGGCUACUGACAGUACAGAACUAGAGGACAUACCCACCCUCACGUAAAACACUCCGACUCAUGGUGGACGAUGUCAGCGAACAGAACCCAAAUGACAUCUCCUAUGUGUUCAGUGGUUACGCCCCCUUGAGUGUUCGACUGGCCCAGUUCUUAGCCAGACCAGGUUGGAGAAGUAUAGAAGAGGUGCUGCGGAUCCUGCCGGGACCAACUUUUGAGGAAGCACAGCGGAUACCAGUCGGACUCAGAAAGAAACGCACCUCAGUAGGAGGAGGCAGUGAGAGUCCCAAGGUGACUCUGGUGUACUUCCUGGGGGGAGUGACGUACGCAGAGAUCGCAGCUCUCAGAUUUCUAUCCCAACAGGAGGACAGUUUGUCAGAUUAUAUCAUAGCGACAACGAAGAUCAUCAACGGACACACCUGGCUGGAAGGUCUGAUGGACACCCUCUGCCCAGCUCCAUUCCCCGACUCCUCAUCAACUUCCAAAUCUAAGGGCAGGAGAUAGUUCUGUAAACUUUACAUAAUUUUCUGACGCUAUAACCCUUUGGCUAAUACCCGUCACAUUUGGUGAAAGUCGAUCGGGCGACGAUUCUGCGGCAAUCGCCCGAGCCUCGCUUAUGAUAAUAACUUAAUUGCACAACAAUUGGACAAGGUACAAAGUAUGGCUUAUAUGUAACAGGGACGGUUUUCAGGUGAAAAAUACGUGCAACCCUCUGUCGAUCUUAAAUAUGGCCAACCUUCCAUCGAUACGCCCGAAGAUCGUGGAUAAUGUGACAGGGGUAUAACCAGAACCUCUAAAUCUAAGGGCAAAAGAUUUUUCAACCGCCCUCCUUACAUAGCAUUGCUAGCAACAGUUGGUUAC